CCCACUUCAUCUGUAGCCACUACUGGUCCUGCACCUCAAGCGACAGCCUGUGCUGGUUCUGGCCAAAUUGCCGUCACUUAUAACGAAGGACCUAGCGAUGUCACAGCCAAAGUAUUGAAUGGUUUGAAAGCAGCACAAGCCAAAGCCAACUUUUUUGUCAAUGCAUCCUGGUUAUACACGCAACAAUAUGCCAUGAUUUUACAACGGGCUUACAAUGAUGGUCACUUGAUUGGUAUGACCUAUCGAGCUCCUGGAGAUUCUUCUGAAGGUUUGACUGAUCAAGAAAUUCGACAAGAUGUGGCCAAUACCGCCAAGAUUGUAGAAACAUUGAUUGGCGUGUCUCCUAAAUACGUGCGAUUACACUAUACUACUCCGGAGGAUUAUCGUUUGGAACAUAUCAUCCGUGGUAUGGGUUAUACAUUGGUAGCAUACAAUCUAGAUACACAGGAUUAUAACUUCAAGGGUAAUCCAAAGGGUAUUGCUGAAUUAUACCGGUCUACAUUUUCAAAACAGUUGGAUACUUAUGAUUCCAAGGGUAGCUUUAUCUCCGUUCAAUAUGAUAUUCCUGAUACUGGGUCUUGGCAAGCAAUUUAUGAUAUUGUCAAUGCCAUCAAUGAAGCUGGUUAUACCAUGGUACGUCUUGAUGGUUGUUUACGUGACAAAUCACCUUAUAAAGAAUGUAAGUCAACAGAAAAUAAAGAUGAUGAGGGAAAAUAAUUUUUUUUUUUUAGCUUCCACUUCUGACAAGGCCGUUGCUGAUAAACAUUCAUAUGGUUCGGGUGGAUACAAGGAAGGUCAAGUGGCUGUGGAAGCACCUACUAAUUUGAAUGCAACCAUUGUUGACACAAGUGAUAUCCAAUUGACCAAUCCAAAUAAAAAGAAGAAUGAUGCCUUUGCCUUGUCUUUGUCUUUGCCUGGUUUGAUCAUCUCAAGUCUUCUCUCCUUCUUUGGUGCCUUAUUAUAGAUUAGUUCUCUUUAUAUAGUUGUAUGUUUUUUUU